GAUCUACCUCCUUUCGAGAAGUGAUAUGUGAGGGGGCGCACGUUCAUUUUAGCCGCGUGCGUUGGUAUCCCAUGGCCCCACAUCACGUCGAAAUUUAUGAAGUCAUCGAUGUGGUCUAUCGUGUACGUCCAUUCUAGAACGACGGUAUGACCACCACCUUCGCAGCAUCAUUGCUGCUCUGGGACACCACCCUCUCUAAUUCUCCAUUCUCCGACGCAGUCGCAAACUCUACAACUCAUGUUACGUGCGCUUCAGCACUCAAACAGAGACGGUUUACCAGAGCGUCAUGUAGACCGAGGUCGAUUGCGAAGUCAGCAGCUCUGGAACCUGCCCUCGACGCCGUGGCAUCCCAGUCGUCAUGUAAUUGCGACUACGUCGGCCACCUCCGAACGUUACACAGGUAGCUUACAGAUGAGUUCAGUACGAAGAAGUCCGUGUGCGACACACAACCGGAUAAAGAAGUGGCUCAGAUUUCCUUUUUGUGUCCGGAUCGGAACCGGCGUUCCUGAAUACUGCCAAAAUUAUCCGCUGAUCGUCCGGCAACGUAAAUACGCGGCUGUCCAGCGACUCGUCCUGCAGACUGCGUGCGGGUCGCAACUCGAAUCCUUCACACAACGAAAUUUCGGUAACCACUCCCUGCGCCACAGAACACACGUACUCCAGUCGAGACGAAAAUAUCUCUAAGCGACGCUGCUCACGAGCACGAGGCCGGCACCUGCCGUCCCAGUGAAGGUAGUCUAUAUUGAGUAAUCAAGCCUUCGUCAUAGGGGGCGUGUCGUUGUCCAAGAAAGUGGAUCGUGCAGUGCGCUGGGAAGGUGGAGUGUGCACUACCAACGGUAUCGUGAACUAGGAACACUUGUGUUGCUAAUCUACGUUCGCAGAUACCAAACGCCCAGAGUUGUGCUUGGCGCGUUGUCGCCGUAGCACAAUCCCACUGCAACCGCCUCUUUGCCUUGUCCGCGGAAUCUGAGUCUGGCAGAAUCGCAGCAUCGUAGAAUACACACAUGUAGAAUUCUGCAGCGUUUUUUUUCUCAUUCGGUGCUACCGUCGCACUUUGCCGUUCUCAGCCGACACAACGGUGUCGAGAUCUCCUCUCGUUUCGGAUCAACCCGACUUCCUGAAUGCGCUCGCGUUCCACCGACUCUGUAGGGGAAGAGCUGUGGCCACACAACCACCGGUAUACAAGCGUUCCGUUGGCACACCGUGAAGGCGUUUCCUAGGCCCAAGCAAGAAGAAGAUGCGGAAGGUGUGGACGAAGUGCACGUGCGUGCAAAGCUUUCAGUUUGCCGAGAGCUUUCUCACGUUUCCUUUUCACACAGGGGGAGCGGCGCACGUCGCGCCCAGGUGGUUGUGCCGAGCUUGCUUCCUUUUCUGCGAAGAGUAGGAGCCGGGACCGAGAGACAGGCGCGUUGUCGGGUUAAGUUUUUCUACGAUUUCGCUAGAAGAAACACUUCCCCCUUUUCUCAGAAAGCUCAGGUCCAUCUGGAUGCUUGGAUCACUUGACAAGCUGCGCAAACACGACAGGUUUCGGCGUCUCGCAGCCUCGUUUCCCGGCUGGUGUCCGGGUGUAGCGCGCUCUGGGGUGCGGACAUUUCCUGCUCGUAACUUUCCCUGCCGGUCUCGAGAGACGGCUGAUCUCAACUCAAAAUCUUCUUUUCAGUCAUCUUCACUCGCCAAAACAAGAUAAUUUUGGGGCGACGACUCCCUUCAGUCGCUUCAACUUGAAGAAGUUCGCUUCGCGUUAGGGGACAGAAAGGAGCGGUUCCUCGUCCGGUGCCGUUUCACGCCAACGUUCGCCCUUCGCUUGAGGGUUGCGGUCCGUCAGUUUGCUUUGCUGUGUGGUGGAAUGUGUUCUUUUUAGCCUUUGUCAUUUCCCUUUCCAGCAGGCUGCUGUUAUCCACAGGACUUCCUCUGUACGCAGGCGGUUGUGCCACGAACACGGACUGCAUCGCGAUUCCUGCCUGUUCUGGGAACGGCCCGUCUUCACAGUUUUUCAGCUCUCCGAGAAACGAUAGUAUCAGCUCCGAUUCUCUAAUAGUAGUUUUGCGGGAUAACGGCAUCACUCUGGGCGGAUUUAUUCAGGUUUUGCGCCCCAAGUUUGGUCAUCAUCAUCGUACCAAAAACAGUGGGCAUCUUCUUUCUCCAGUCUCUCAAAUCCACGCUCGACUACAGUUUCUUUCGAGUGCUAAGCUCCCAUGUUCAAUUCUUUCUAGCGUUUUCGAAGGGCCCUCUGCUGUCUUAACCUUUCUCGACACCCUUGGCUGUUUCUGACAAAACGUUCAUCUCAUCUUGGGAAGUCUGUUGAAGGGUGACCCUGUCGUAAAAGUGGGUGAGAGCAACUUUCCUUGGUUUUCUGCCGGAUUAGUUCCCAUCUUCUCCCACAAUGAGAACCACGUCAGCUCCAUCUGAGGAGGAUCCCACACAGAAGCCCCCCAAGGUGGCGGCCGAGGACGAGGAAGAAGUUGAUGAAGUCGAGGAAGACGGAGACGCUUACGAAGAAGACGAAGGCGACGAGGACGUGGAAGAAGAGGAGGUGGAAGAGGAGUAUGUUUCCGACGAAGAAGACGAGGAGUUCGAGGAAGCGGCUGCGGGGGGCGGCAAGAAGCUGGCUGGCAACGGGCAUGGGGUAAAGCGGCGCCGCGAGGAGGAAGAGGAAGAAGAAGACGAGGAGGAAGAGGAGGAGUUCGUCGAUGAUGAGGAUGAUAGCGAAGAGGCCAGCGACGACGAGCAAGAGGACGAGGACGGCGACCCAGAGGGCGCAGACGGUUCAGUUCAGUCCGACGAAGAAGACUCUGAAGACGGUGAAGAAGGUCACGCCGGCGCUCCGUUUGCGGGGAACGCGAGUGGUUCCCAAGACGAAGAAGAGGAUGGAGACGAGGUCGAGGAAAUCGAAGUUGGAGAGGAAGAGGAGGACGAGGAAGACGAAGAGGAUGGCGACCCCGGCCCGGCGAAGAGGAGACGGGCGGCGUAAACGUGCUGAAAUCAGAACCCCAGUUCCGACGAUCGUUUUGUACCUGGCAAAGAACAAAAAAAUCCGUUUUCUCUUGGCAGAUGCUUGGGCCCUAUACAUAUCUGACCAUAGAUAAGUACGCGGUUCUGUACUCGACGCGUGCAUACGGUUAGCGCAUUAUGCUCCUCUUCUCUUGCGCGCGUUCGUGACAUUGACAUCGCGUUCUUGAGGCAGGCCCUUUGCCGGGACGUAGGCGACGGAGCAGAACCUUCCCCACGGUACCUGCUCGAAUUUGCGGCGCCUUGUUUCUUAUGGGGUUGGGCGUCGUCGCGAGGAUACUCGUUUCCAUGGAUGCGCUACUUGGCUUCCCGGUUUCCCCCAUCGCAGCGGUUCUUUCGUUGCCACAUGUAGCCUGACCUGGCUUUCGAGGAACUGAGCUCAGUUGCUUCAUUUUUUCUCGCCACUCUCCUCGUAACUGCCAACUAAGUGCCAUGCGAAUGUGGACUGGUUGUUGUAGUCUUGAAAAAAAACAAAUUCUAGGCUUAAGGGUGCGCGUCGCGCAACAGACACGAAUCAGUCUUGAAGAUAGUUUUCAUUUUUUCUGCGAUAUCCCAUCAAGGCACAUGUACCAAGGAAUUCGAUGAAGUUAAUAGACUAGGGAUACUGCGGAUACCAGGAACAGCGCGUCUGUCAGUUUUAACCAGUCUGUUUCCAGAGACAUUCGCGGCUUCUUUCGUGGAGCUCGAGACGCAAGCACACACAAUGAAAGUGCGUCGGGAAUGUAUCUCGCUUUCUUCUCUUGUGUCUUCCUGGAUUCUACGUAGAGGAUCCAAAUCGGUGGCCGUUUUCUGUAACAACCUUCCUCGCCUUGGGAACAAGACAUUCUUUCUCCUUACCAGUUAAAAAAGCAACAGCACGCUGAAGGAGCCGCCUCAAAAGCCCGCAACUCGACUAGAAAAGCCACCAGGUGCCUUGUAACAUUCGCGCCACCACAAAAAAACA